CUUUUUUAAAUCAUUCUUUAUUCAUGUCCAAGUCCUCUUCGAUACUAAGAGAGUACAAAUUAGUCAUAGUGGGUGAAGGAGGUGUUGGUAAAUCAGCCAUGACCAUUCAGUUUAUUCAAUCACACUUUAUUGAUGAAUAUGAUCCUACGAUCGAAGACUCAUAUCGUAAGCAGUGUAUUAUUGAUAAUGAGGGUGCCUUAUUGGAUAUUCUGGAUACUGCUGGACAAGAAGAAUAUAGUGCCAUGAGAGAACAAUAUAUGCGAAUUGGAGAAGGAUUCUUGUUGGUUUACUCUAUCACUUCUUUCCGAUCAUUUGAAGAAGUUCAAAAGUUGUAUAGUCAAAUUGAACGAGUUAAGGAUAUCGAGGUAUUUCCUGUCAUUUUAAUUGGUAAUAAAUGCGAUCUUGAAACGGAUAGACAAGUAUCACCUCAAGUUGGAAAGGAAUUAGCUAAAAAGUAUGGCUGUCAGUUUGUUGAAACAUCCGCCAAACAAGGAAUCAGGAUAGAUGACGCAUUUUAUGGGAUCGUGCGUGAGAUUAGACGGCUGAAUCAAGAAAAGAUAAAAAACCAGCAAUUUAAUGUUGACAGGGAUAAGGAGGGGCUAUUCUUGGAUAGCUGUGGUUGUAUACUAAUGUAAUAAAACAUAAUCUCUCAUUUUAAUACUGAUAACGACGAUUCUGGCUCAUUACAGCUUGUCUAUUUUAUUUGUUUAAUUAUCACCGGUUCUCUCUGUUCUUCUCUUUUGAGCCACGCUAGAUUCUACAUUUGUAUCAUCCAUUUUGCGUUUUUCACUAUUAAAUACAGUUCGUCAACCAUUCGCUUUUUUUUCUUUCUUCUA